GGUUUGAUAGUACAAUGAUGUUACGAUGCGAACGCCGCUAUUUAUAUAUGAAAUUCGUAGCGGAUGAGAAACGUAACAACCAAUCAGAGCGCGUUAUUCGAUACACCCUAACCCGGUUCUAGUAGUUCAAACGAGUUCACCAACUGUGACUAAACCGCGCGCUCUCAUUGGUUGGUAGGAUUUGAUCGUUUCGAAUAAAUACUACGCGCGUUUCUUACGUAGCAUCAUUUCGUAUCGUUAUAUUGUACCGAUCACAUUUCGUUCUUUACAAUGGCUCCUCCGAAAAGCACUGGCAAAGCUGUCAAAAAAGCCGGCAAGGCUCAGAAAAACAUCAAGAAGGAUGAUAGCAAGAAACGUCACAAGAAAAGGAAAGAAUCCUAUGCCAUCUACAUCUACAAGGUGUUGAAACAAGUCCAUCCCGAUACUGGUGUCAGCUCGAAAGCGAUGAGUAUCAUGAACAGUUUUGUGAAUGAUAUUUUUGAACGUAUCGCCGCCGAAGCCAGCCGUUUGACGCAAUACAACAAAAGAUCAACCAUUACCAGUCGGGAAGUUCAGACUGCUGUCCGUCUUUUGUUGCCUGGAGAAUUGGCCAAACACGCUGUAUCCGAAGGCACUAAAGCUGUUACUAAAUACACCAGCUCGAAAAGGUGAGGCUGAGAUAAUAACUUACUACGCUGCUACGCUGGAACAAGAUUUAAAUUUUGAAGGAUAAGAAAUGCUUCUGUAAGUGAGUGAACAAUUUUGAACAAAUUAUGCGUAAGCCUAGUAGGCUAGAUAGGUAUUCAGUUCACAAAACGAAUGGAAACUCAUCUUUUCCUUCAAGAAUCAUUCCAAAAAAAAAUUAUAAUAAUGCGUCCAAGCGAAGAGAGACUGCAAAAUUUUUAGUUUUCGGUUCAAAAACUAUUUCUUAUUGUACCUAAGUAUUUUGAAAGACAUUUUAGAACAUAUGAACUUACAAAAAUUAUUCAAAAAAACGUAGAAACUGUUAUCCGUCUGAGAGAAGCGAAGGAGGUUUUUUUCUUGUAAAAAAUUCGGAAUUUUUCUUGUAAAAAAUUCGGAAUUUUUCACGUAAAAAAUCUACAAAAACGUACAUUGGAGAAAUAAUUAGUUUGAGCUACUCGUUCUUACCCCCUCUCCAAAUAGUCACGCCAUUGAAUGUACUCAUUUUAAGUAAUGAUGUUCAAGUACAUAAUAUCACUCAAAAAUGAAAUAAAAUUAAGGUUUCUUCCUACGUCGUCCUCCCACCAAAAAAAACCACAGGACUCAUUUAUAAAAUGUAUGCCUUAGAUACAACUUAUUUUACAAAGUUCAUCUAGUCGUUUCCAUUUAAUAAACUUGACAAAAUUCAGGUUCUCAGAUUUUCUCGAAAAUUCGUCAACAUUGAGUCAUUGAAAUGAACUGUAUGUCAUGAGAAAAUUUUCAAAUGAUAGUCUUUCUUAUUUGAAAAUGUAGAGUCACACUGGUGAUCCCAUUUCAUCCUUUUGACAUAGGUAUGUAAUUUUUUGGAAGAAUGAAUCUAAAGAAAGUAUGAAAGUAAUGCUAUUCUAACGAAUGGCAUGGUGGACAUGGUUGGUAGGUAUAGUUACGAGUUAGGUACCUGCUGAUAUGAGAUAUCUGCUACGUUUCAUGUUGCAAUUUGCAUGAUAAUCAUUAAAACUUUUUAUCUGUAUAAAAUAUAUCAACAUCGAAAUAAACUUGAUUGUCACGUACACAACAAAAAUGUUUAGGUAAUUCAAAUGUUUUAUCAUCUAUCCUCUGUAUGAAUGAAGAAACAAAUUCGAUGAUUCUGAAAAAGUCCAUUUCUGAUCGGCUCCUGGAAAAAUGAAAAUUGAAAUAAUGACCGAAAAUUGAAGGGGCCCAUCUCAUAUUCAUUUUCUCAGGAGCCGAAUUUUCUCUGCACAAUUCAGAACAUAAUGUAGAAGAAUUGACGAAACGAAGUACACGAGCUAUAAAUUUAUCAUUGCAUAUAGGUACCCAAAAUGCCUUCUUUUACAUUGGUUUCAUGAGAUAAAGCACGCGAAGCAUGAAAUAGUUUUCGAAAAAAUAGGCUGUACUGUUUCAUGGAAGAACUAGAAUGAAAGAGACUAGUUCAUUUAUUUACUAAAAGUAAAAAUGUUACAACCUCAAUGAAGUCAUCUUGAAAGCGCGACAGACAGACUAGACAAUAGGAAAUAGGUAUAAUGGAAGUGAUCUUUUAAAAAAUGAUGCUAGCACGUCCUUCCAGACGAGCGGUAAAAUAAUUAUGUAAAAGGAAACAGGCAGGUGGACAUUUCUAAGAAUUGGGGAGAAAGCACUGAAAGUAGGAUUGUAAAUUUUGUGCCGACAGUCGACAAGAAAAAAUGCAUUUAACGAUGAUCUCACUCUACAUCGCUACACAAUACCCCUAUUUGGACGAGAAUUUGAAACGAAGAGAAAAAUCACGUCAAAACUCAAAGUAAUUCUCAACAAUGUACCUAUUUUGCACAUCACUAGAAUGGGAUGAUAAAAAAUACUAAGAAAACGAGGGUAGCUAACCAAACCAACUUUAUAACCAAAACAAUAGGGAUCAGGUUCAAGGAGAGUUCACCGGAAAGAGAGAAAGCAUGAAUAGAGACG